AAACUGAAAUAAAACGAAAGAACGUCAAAGAAUACGAAUAAUUUAUUAUACGUUUAUUAUACAAGCCAUCUGGAAUCAAGGAGCAUGGGUGUCGGUACUUCUCACCAAACGUGACAUGAUGCGUUAGAGGGAGUGACUGUAAAACGUAAACAACUCAUGUAACAGGGAUUAGACUAAUUUGCAAAACAGUGACAGUGGAAAAGACACCAUGACGUCAGCAGAGUAUAUUUAUGAGGAUGGGAAGUUUGAAGUAAGCGAUAAGAUGAAAGAAGAUUUUGACAAUCAUGGCUAUAUAAUGGUCAGAAAUCUUUUAGAUAGUACUGAAUUACAAAAGGUUAAAGAAGUGCUGGAGGACAACAAAGAGAUAACAAAACAUUCCUAUGGAAUCUCUGAUGGAUCAGGAAGGGAAUGUGAGAUGGCACUGUGGAGCCAUCCAGGAAGUGAUGUCACAGGGAUGGUAGCAAGGUGUAAGAAAAUAGUUGAUACCAGUGAAAAGUUACUGGGUGGAGAAGUGUAUCACUAUCAUACCAAACUGAUGAUGAAAAAAGCCAUGACAGGAGGUAGUCACUUGUGGCAUCAAGACUAUGGAUAUUGGUACAAGAAUGGCUGUCUGUUCCCGGACAUGUUGACUGUCUUUAUAUCAAUAGACAAGUGCACCAAGGCCAAUGGCUGCUUACAGAUCCUGCGUGGUUCCCAGAAAUGUGGCAGAGUAGAACAUUUGAUGGUUGCAGGACAAACGGGGGCCGACAUAGAGAGGGUGAAGGAAAUUGAGAAAGUUUGUCCCAUGGAGUACGUAGAAAUGGAACCUGGGGAUGCCCUGUUCUUUCAUAGCAACUUGUUACACACUAGUGGUCCCAACAACAGUGAUUUGAGAAGGUGGGCCUUUUUAGUGGCAUACAAUACCAAGGCCAAUAACCCUGUCAUACCCCACCACCACCCACAGUACACUCCCUUGGAAAAGGUCAAGAAUUCUGCCAUCCGAGAUUGCACCAAUGUAACAGACAUGACUGGAAAAGAUUUUCUGAACCCUGCAGUUGAUAAAACAGUAAAACUUGAUAAAAAGGCUGGGUGAAACCUCAAUUAUGAACAGUUAGCAGGCAUCACCGCAUAUAUUUUCAAACUGUUAUAAUCAUGGUUAAAAUUUGGUGCGACAACACCAUGUUGUAUUUGGACUACGAUUCCUUGUAUAUUUCUCUGCUUUGUAACACAAAGGUAUGGAGCUUAAUCGCAUAAUGUUCAUCCUUUUAUCAAGUUAAAAGAUUUUCACAUCCAGCUGCAACAUGAAUAUUUCAGCUGCAGUUUUAUCAUUGUAACAAUUACUAAGAAGUCUUCAUAUGGCACUCCAUAAUCCACGCAAUAUCCUAUGUACAUUUCAACACAAAGAAAAACAUCAUGUCAUUUCAGAAGUGUAUGGCUAUCAUAAAAUAUUGAAGAAAGAAAAUAAAAUGCUCUCAUUUGUU